GCCUGAAUUAUCCGCGAAUCCUUAAAAAAGUUUUGAUGAGCCUGAUAGUUUCGAUUAGUUUAUCGAGUAAGAUAUCGGCGCAGGUGGAAAACUGACGCCGUUGGAGGAGUCGUAGGUCGAAGCCGGACUCAAAAUCGCUCGGUUGACCACGACGACAAUAAUAACGAGGAGUGAGGCCGAACCCUCGCUAAACGAGUGACGGCGGCGACAGCAGAGGUGCGCCUGUCGUCGAGCUGCUUACCGAAAGGAGUGUCAAAAAGCGAGCAAGCUGCGCCGGAAGGGGAUAGCACGGGCUUCUCGCGAAGGCCUCAAGAUUUCGGACGCAACGGCGGCCCUGGACCUACGCGCCCAGUCGCAAGCCCAAUCAGAAUUUGGCCUGGAGCAGCAGCCACCGCAGCACCAUCACCAUCAGCCACACAAUCCAGACCCACUGCAAAAUCCAGCGGAGGUCCGCCCUCAUCCGCCUCAUCAUCAACAUCAGCACGUUCAGCAUCAUCCCCAGCAUCAUCCAGGGAAUCACCAUCACUCUGGCGAUUCGGGGGGUGGGAUAGAAGGAGGAGGGGGCGGCGGAGAAGGUGGUGCUGCUGGUGGCGGAGGUGUAGGAGGAAAUAUCGGAGGCAUCGCGGUCAAGUCCGCGAAGAUUAAUAACAACGAGGAGAACGAAGACAUUAACGAGCGCGAGGAAGACGACGAAGACGAAGAUCCUAGCUCACCCGAGGCAGAUCUUGCACCAGAGCCGGAGCCUAUGGAGGUCCAAGCUUCGGCAGUAUCCGCUGCGGCGGCUAAUCUCCACGCACUGCGUCAGCAUGUAUUUAAGAUGUCUGAUUAUUGGCAACAACCUCAACGAGGACCGUCACAGCAAUCGCCCGGAAUGCAGCAUAGCCCAUUACAAAAUUCACAGCAGCAAAACCAACACAAUCAGCAAAAUGCCAUGCACAGUCCACUCAAUCAGCAGCAGCAACAGCAGCAGCAACAACAGCAUCAGCAGCAGCAACAGCCACAGCAACAACAACAGCAGCAGCAACAGCAGCAGCAACAACAACAGCAGAAUAAUGCCUCGCAGGUACAGCACAAUACCAAUGGCGGUAUCGGACAAAGCGCUGCCUCGCAAUUGCAGCAGCAGCAACAGCAGCAGCAACAGCAGCAGCAGCAGCAGCAGCAACAACACGCAAUGUCUAUCGCACAAGGCUCCCAGGGAACGCAGCAUCAAUCCCCGCCAGCGCCUACGACGCCUUCGCCACAAGCCGAACAACAAAAUGCAAUUGCAUCGAGUAUGGCGCAAAGUUUGCAUAACCUUGCCCAGGCUCAAGCACAGGCACAGGCUCAACAAUCAAUGUCACAGGCUUCAAGUCCGUCACUCACUGUUCAAGCUGUUCAAGCUGCUCAAGCCCUAAAUCAGAAUCUGGGUCAAGCCCUCACUCAGGCCCUUACCCAGAAUAUGCAACAAAAUUUGGGCCAAACCCUGCAGCAUAAUUUAGCUCAGAGUCUGACGCCGAACCUUUCACCGCAGCAGCAACUACUAAAUCAGCCGCAAAAUCUUAGUCAGACGAACCAGAGCUUACAACAAAAUAUGCAGAAUCAAGCGCAAAAUCUCACGCAGACAUUGCAACAGCCAGCGCAAAACCUAAGUCAAAGCCUCAGUCAACAAACGAUGCAGCAGCAAGCUCAGAACUUGACGCAGAAUCUGGCACAACAAGCUCAGAAUCUCUCGCAAAACCUUCAGCAGCAAGCAUUGAACAUGGCCAAUUCUAUCAGUCAGAAUGGGGGAUUAACGGGCAUGAAUAUUCCUGGAAAUCAGCAGCAAAAUUCUCAAAAUUCCAUCCUCAGUCCUGGCACUGGCAGUCAAGAUUCGCAUGAUGCCACAUUAACCGAGAAACUUGUUAACGAACUUCAGUCCCGAGCAGCGGGCCUCGUAGGGAAUGCUGCUGGAGGAGGAGGAGCCGCGGGCACUGGCGGGAUGGCCAACAUCAACGAGCGCACCCUUGAGGAAUGCUGGUCCACUCUGCAGCGAUUCUUCUCGCAGAUCUUCAUGCACAAGAACGCCAUGCAGAUGCAUGCGCGCGAACUUGGUGCCGCGGGUGCCCUUGGCGCCGGGCGUCCCGGUGCUGGAGGAGUCGGAGGUGGCCUCGCGGGCCUCGGCGGUGGUCUUGGCGUCGGCGUCGGACCCGGCGGCAUGAUUACCGGCAACGAGGUUAAACCCCACCAGUGCCAGCAGUGCCUCAAAUCUUUCUCCAGCAACCAUCAACUCGUGCAACACAUCAGGGUGCACACCGGCGAGAAGCCCUACAAGUGCAGCUAUUGCGACCGCAGGUUCAAGCAGCUUAGUCACGUGCAACAACAUACGAGGCUACACACAGGUGAACGGCCAUACAAGUGCCACCUACCGGACUGUGGGCGCGCCUUCAUCCAGCUGUCGAAUCUCCAGCAGCACCUCAGGAAUCACGACGCGCAGGUGGAGCGCGCGAAGAAUCGCCCGUUCCACUGCAACAUAUGCGGCAAAGGCUUCGCCACGGAGUCGAGCCUCAGGACGCAUACGUCCAAGAAUCAUUGCCAAAUACUACUUGCGUCACAAUUACUGCCAAAUCAAGUUGACAAUCGGGAGCUGCAACAGCGAGUUGUGUUCCAGCAACAUAACUCUUUGAUCGGUGGCCCCAGCGCCACCAGCUGUCCCGUAUGCCACAAGCUCUACCUCGGUGGCGAGGCCCUCAUGGAGCACAUGAAGAUUACGCACAAGGACCCAAAUGCAUCGGGCGUUGCCAUUCCCACCGCUGACUGCACGACCUCCGUUGCCGGGGUUUACUUAGCAAAGAGGCGCACCGCGAACCAUCCCUGCCCGGUCUGUGGCAAGCACUACGUCAACGAAGGCAGUCUUAGGAAGCACCUCGCCUGCCAUCCAGAGACCAGCCAGCUGAGCACCAGCUUGAGGAUGUGGCCAUGCUCCGUUUGUCAAUCCGUCUUUACAAACGAAAGUGGUCUACUGACGCACAUGGAGCACAUGAGAAUGGACCCGAAACACCAGUUCGCGGCACAAUACGUGUUAAGCAGAGCCGCGGCCGAGAGGCGAGAGCGAGAACUUCUUGCAGGUUCUAGCCUAGAACGUUAUCUCUCGUGUUCAGGAGCCGGCCUUGGCGUUCUUGGCAGCCAAAUGGGAGGACCCCAGAACCUCCAGCAACCACCAAUGUGCCCUUCACCGUCGGCUCACUCGGACAGCAGCAGCGGCAAUGGAAGACUUUCCUCGGCCGGUAGUGAACCUGAUUUUUACGCAGGCGCCGGUUUACUAAACAACAAUAACAACAAUAACAACAAUAACAAUAUGGCAUCGCCAGGACCAAGUGGCAACAAGCUUAGUGAGAUGCUUAGGGCUGGUAAUCAGCAAACGACAGCUCAACAAUACCAUGACGAAAUGCAAUCCCAACAACAGCGGAUGGCUGUUAUGGCAGCCGCAGUAUCAGCAGGUCUGCAGAACUCCGUAUCGCCAAAUCUGUCGCCAGUGGACGUGGCGUCGCUCGCCGCGGCCAUGAGGAUGGGCAAUAACGGUGACAUGGGUAGCGGUAGCCAAGGCUCAACCGGGGGACCCGGACAACAACAGGGCGUCCAGUCCUCGGGCUCGGAACAGGCGCUGAGACUCCAGCAGGCGGAGGCAUUACUUCGCUCGCAGGCCGAGCAUGCCCUAAGGCUCGCGGUAUCGCAAGCGGCUGCGGCAGCGGCGAGUUCCGCGAACGACAUGAGACAUCAUUUGGGACAGCACAAUGGUGGUGGCGGGACUGGCAUAUCAGGACAUCAUACCAAUCAGCAGCUAUCACAACAAGAUACUCUUUCUCCAGAUCUGGGGGAAGCUCUUCGACUCCAAGAGCAGCGACUGGAACACGCCUUAAGGCUUCAUGGUGAUCCCCGAGCCCUAAGCUUCACCCUUCAACACGUUGUCAACCAACAGAAUAACCAGCAGCCAUGAAAAUUCAGUUACUA